AUGUCAUCACGCCCCGCUCUCUCAUCACACCCCACUCUCUCAUCACACCCCACUCUCUCAUCACACCCCACUCUCUCAUCACACCCCACUCUCUCACCACACCCCACCCUGUCACCACACCCCACUCUGUAUUCACCCCACUCUGUCCUCACACCCCACUCUGUCCCCACCUCUCCCUUUCCCCAUCUCCCUCUGUCCCCACCUCUCCCUUUCCCCAUCUCCCUCUGUCCCCAUCUCACUCUGUCCCCAUCUCCCUCUGUCCCCAUCUCCCUCUGUCCCCAUCUCCCUCUGUCCCCAUCUCCCUCUGUCCCCAUCUCCCUCUGGGUGCACGCAUUUCUCUUACUCACCCUGUGGGUGAUUCAGUCCAGGGCUUAUCUGGGAGGGAGUGGGGCCAGGGAACACCCUGCCUCCAUGCCCAUAUUUCCGCCCUGUGGGUGUUUAAGUCCAGAGCUUACCUGGGAGGGAGUGGGGCCUGGGCACACCCAGUCCAGGGCUUAUCUGGGAGGGAGUGGGGCCAGGGCACACCCUGGUGUUUUCACAAUCCCUUCUCACACCCCCAUGCAAACAUAUCCCCCCUCCCCCCUCUCCCCUCUGUUUCUUGACCCCAAACCCUCCUAUGUCAGCCUCCUUGCCCAUAUUUCCGCCCUGUGGGUGAUUCAGUCCAGGACUUACCUGGGAGGGAGUGGGGCCAGGGCGCACCCUGGUGUUUUCACAAUCCCUUCUCACACCCCCAUGCAAUCCUAUCCCCCCUCCCCCCUCUCCUCUCUGUUUCUUGACCCCAAACCCUCCUAUGUCAGCCUCCUUGCCCAUAUUUCCGCCCUGUGGGUGUUUCGGUCCAGGACUUACCUGGGAGGGAGUGGGGCCAGGGCACACCCUGGUGUUUUCACAAUCCCUUCUCACACCCCCAUACAAUCCUAUUCCCCCUUCCCCCUCUCCCCUCUGUUUCUUGUCCCCAAACCCUCCUAUGUCAGCCUCCUUGCCCAUAUUUCCGCCCUGUGGGUGUUUCAGUCCAGAGCUUACCUGGGAGGGAGCGGGGCCAGGGCACACCCUGGUGUUUUCACAAUCCCUUCUCACGCCCCCAUGCAAUCCCAUUCCCCCUCUCCCCUCUCCCCUCUGUUUCUUCAACCCAAGCCCUCCCUGUGGGUGAUUCGGUCCACGGAUUAUCUGGGAGGGAGUGGGGCCAGGGCACACCCUGGUGUUUUCACAAUUCCUUCUCACACCCCCAUGCAAUCCUAUUCCCCCUCUCCCCCCUCUCCUCUGAUUCCUCACCCCAAGCCCUCCUAUGUCGAGCAUCGUAUUAUCAACAACGGUGCCGAUGUGUCGCACGGUCUUGGCAUCAACGGCAGGAAGGUUCGCGAGUCUCUACAGAAAGUGACGGCAUGGUGCAAGGCUGCCAUUAUGGCCCCCUCUGUCAACGGGAGCGGCCCCUGGUACAAGCCCAGUGAAAGGGCGUGGGCCUUCUCUACGACCGGAAUAAUUUACAUCUCCAUCGACGACAUUGAAGACACAGAGGGCAUCAACCGCUUUGCGCAGCCUGCACCUGUCCCGGCCCCGCAGCCUGUGCUGGCCCCAGUCGGGCAGCCUGUGCUGGCCCCAGUCGGGCAGCCUGUGCUGGCCCCAGUCGGGCAGCCUGUGCUGGCCCCAGUCGGGCAGCCAGUGCUGGCCCCAGUCGUGCAGCCUGUGCUGGCCCCAGCCGUGCAGCCUGUGCUGGCCCCAGCCGUGCAGCCUGUGCUGGCCCCAGCCGUGCAGCCUGUGCUGGCCCCAGCCAUGCAGCCUGUGCCUAUCCCGGCCUUCCAGACUAUGCUGGCCCCACUCGCGCAGCCCGUGCCUGUCCCGGCCGCACCAUUUGUGCCUGUCCCUGCCGCCCAGGUUGCGCCUGUCACGGGCGCGCAGGCUGAGCCCGUCCCGACCGCACGUCCUGGGCCUGCACCGGCUGCACAGGCAGGGCCUGCCCCGGUCACACAGGCUGGACCUGUCCAGGCCGCAUGGGGGGACGGCUUUCUGUUUGUAUGA